AUGACCUGUGUUGGAUGCGAGCUGAAAAUCUCCAGGUGCUUGGUCACAGCCUUUCCGCGAAUUCAAAAUCUACAAAUUAGUGUGAUUCUUGCUCGGGUGGCCUUUGACCUCGAUACAGGCCAAGCGACAGUUGACCAGGUCAUCGACUAUCUGGGGCGGGCAACGGAGUUCACCUAUGAAAGGAUUGUCAAGAAAGGUCACGAAAUUGACGUUAUUCAUCCCAAAGGUACCAAAGCGCUUGUUCGGCAAGUCAAGCCGCUCGGCGUCACGGGAAUGAAGGCAUUAACAGACGAGAUCGCUCGUAUCGAGUACGACCCGGUGGUACGAGGGGCGAGAGAAGUACUCAAUAAAUCCUUCGACGUCCCUUUGCAACUUGCUCCUAUGAAACCUCCCGAAUCCAUCGAAGCCGGUAGUAAGGAAGUUCGCAAGGAUGGAAUGAUGACCCUGUUUUCGAGUCUCCUGACGAUACCCGUUCUAGUCCUUGCAUGGGCACCUUUACCGCACCAUCCUGUCAUAUAUGGUUCGGUAUCUCUCGCACUGGCAACAAUCAUCCAAAUCGUGGUAGCUGGUCCAUUUUAUCCCGUUGCUUUCAAGAAUCUGGUAUUCUCCCGUCUUAUUGAAGUGGAUUUGUUGAUCGUGCUCAGCACUAGUACAGCAUAUCUCUUCUCAGUAAUUGCUUUCGCAUACCAAGUGAAAGGCGAACCUCUAAGCACGGGUGACUUCUUCGAAGCUAGCACGUUGAUUGUCAGCCUAAUUAUGCUGGGGCGGUUUAUUAGCUCGUGGGCACGUCAGCGAGCGGCCGAGUCAAUUUCGUUCCGGACCUUGCAAGCAUCCACGGCCCUUCUCGUCGACGGCGAGUCAAAAACGGAUUUGGAAAUCGACGCCCGUCUCCUGCAAUACGGGGAUAUUUUCAAAGUAAGCCCCGAAUCACGCAUUGUCACCGAUGGUACAGUGGUGUCCGGUAUUUCCGAGGUGGACGAAUCCAUGGUGACCGGCGAGUCACGCCCUGUGUUCAAAGAAACGGGAUCGGCUGUCAUUGCUGGGUCGAUGAAUGGCUCGGGCCUGCUUCAUAUUCGCCCCAGUCGCCUCCCUGGUGACAACACAAUAAGCGCAAUUGCCGAUAUGGUAGACGAGGCAAAGAUGACCAAGGCGAGAACUCAAGAAAUUGCUGACCGCGUCGCAGGAUACUUCGUUCCGGUCAUUGUGUGCAUCACCAUAAUCACAUUUGCCGGCUGGACAGGAUAUGGGAUCGAAAGAAGAGGGUAUUUAGGCUCUGAGGCCGCCGAAAAUGCCGUCACCUACGCCAUUGCAGUACUCAUUGUCUCCUGUCCGUGUGCCAUUGGUCUAUGUGUGCCCAUGGUUAUUGUGAUUGCGGGAGGCGUCGCUGCAAAGCAUGGAGUCAUAUUCAAGACCGGUCAAACGAUCGAGGUCGCGAAGAAAACCAAUCAUGUAGUCUUUGAUAAGACAGGGACUCUCACGGAGGGGGUCCUGUCCGUUGUGGCCGAAUCAUUCCCUGGCGGUCAGGAGGACUCUAUCAAGCCAAUCAUUCUGGGCCUGAUAGCGGAUAUCAAACACCCUGUCUCCAUUGCUGUCUCUCAAUCUCUGAAGGAUCGCGGGAUCAUCCCCGCUCCCGUUGACGAGGUUACAACUAUCGUGGGGAAAGGCGUACAAGGACUUUCAGAAGGCAAGAAAAUAUCUGCGGGAAAUUGCCGUUGGCUCGGAAUGGGAAACCAUGUUACCGUCCAGGACUUCCUUUCCAGAGGAUUGACGGUUUUCUGUGUGGUGAUGGACACGCAACUUGAUGCAGUUUUUGGUUUGGAAGAUUCUGUCCGGCCGGACAGCUACAGCGUCAUCUCUGAACUCCAAAGGCGCGGUAUAUCUGUGUCCAUUGUUAGUGGUGACGAUGAUGGGGCUGUCCAGAAACUCGCUUCCACCUUGAGCAUUCCACCGUCUCAGGUGCGCUCUCGUUGCUUGCCCAAAGAUAAACUGGAGUUCCUCCAAGAGAUCAUGACCGACAAGCGAUCUGUGGUUAUAUUCUGUGGAGACGGCACCAAUGACGCACCGGCACUGGCUCAAGCCAACAUCGGCAUUCAUGUGAAUGAAGGCAGCGAGAUUGCACAAAGUGCGGCCGACGCCGUUCUGGUGAGACCAUUCCUGAGUGGGAUCUUGUGUUUGAUUGACUUGUCCCAUGCAGCGGUCAAGCGAAUCAUUUUCAACUUCUGUUGGUCCUUCACCUACAAUCUUUUUGCAGUCCUUCUUGCGGCUGGUCUUUUUGUCAAGUGGAGAAUCCCUCCCGAGUAUGCGGCCCUCGGGGAGGUGGUGAGCAUUCUGCCGGUGAUUGGGAUGGCCCUCCUUUUACGAUAUAUCAAACUUGAGAGUUGCGAUAGUCAUAGGUAG